UUCCCGCUCCCAGCCUCAGCUCAGCUCUCCCACAUUGCUUCCAAGUUCCCACUUACCCUCUGACUGGUCAUGUCUAGCGCCUAGGUUUUCGUCGUCAUUUCUCUUCUGUCGCCCUGUCGCUACUAGUACAAUCCGGCAUCCAUCUCGCUCUGUUUCAUCCUACACAACAUCCUCCAUCCAGCAUCUACAAUGGCCGAGACUGAGGCCGAGAAGUAUGAGGUCCUGACCAAGAUCGGUCAAGGUUCGUUCGGCAUCAUCAGAAAGGUUCGCAGAAAGAAUGACGGCCUUAUUCUUUGUCGCAAAGAAAUAUGUUACACUCGCAUGUCACAGAAGGAGCGCGAGCAGCUCUCGGCCGAACUCGACAUUCUACGAGGCCUCCGCCAUCCCAACAUCGUCGCCUACUACGAGAAGGAGCACCUUAAGGCUUCGCACGACCUACAUCUAUACAUGGAAUACUGCGGCAAUGGAGACCUGGGCAUGAUGAUUAAGGAUCUCAAGGCCCGCAACGAAUAUGCCGACGAAGAGUUUGUAUGGACCAUCUUUGCACAACUCGUCAGCGCUCUAUAUCGCUGCCACUACGGCGAGGACCCACCGGAUGUCAACAGCAACGCUCUGGGCCUGACGAAGAAUGCUCUACCUCUCAAGAGCAAGCAAGCACACAAGAUGAUCCUCCACCGUGAUUUGAAGCCUGAGAAUGUCUUCCUUGGUGAGGGUAACGCGGUCAAGCUCGGCGACUUUGGCCUUUCCAAGAUCAUCCUUUCUCACGACUUCGCUUCUACCUACGUCGGCACUCCCUUCUACAUGUCGCCUGAAAUCUGCGCUGCCGAACGCUACUCCCUGUACUCCGACAUCUGGUCACUCGGAUGCAUCGUCUACGAGCUUUGCUCGAGGGAACCUCCAUUCAACGCCCGCACUCACCUUGAACUCAUUCAAAAGAUCAAGCUCGGCAAGGUCGCGCCGCUACCACGUGCAUACUCGAAAGAGCUCUCGGAUGUCAUUUCUGCAUGUCUUCAGGUCAACCCCAACUCAAGACCCGACACAGCCAGCCUUUUGAACCUACCCAGAGUCAAGCUCGUACGAAAGACACAAGAAGGCGUCAUGGUUCUGCAACAACACAUCACCGCAAAGGAGAAUGCAAUUGCGGCCCUAAAGUCGGCACAGGACAAGAUUGCACGAUUGGAAGCCGAACAACAAGCAAUGCAUGACCAACUCGAUAAACAGCUCAGACUGGAAUGGGAGACAAAGGCACACCUCGAGAUCAACCGUCAGGUGGAUGUUGUAGGAGACAGGCUGCGAGAGCAUUACAAAUUGAUGUUUGAGCAGCAGGUCGAGGAAGAAGUUGAGAGAAGACUCGCCUCGCUGCCCUCAUCACGUACCAGCUCAAUGAACUCGACUUCGGACACUGUCGAGCCACCAAAACGCUCAUCAACACCAACGCAAUCACUGGAAGAUUCUUCCUCGCUCGUCACCAUAGGAGAGGCCGACGAGGAUGGUCCCAGUCUCAACGCCCUCUCUCUAGAGGACUCGCCGCUUAUGCAAAGACACAAACCUCUCAAGUCAUCCAGGUCAUCCAACCGCACUCCCUUCACCCGCGCAAAGACAUUUGCCGGCACCAACGAGGUUGCUCCCAGCCCCAUGGACAUCCAAAUGGCUGAUCCCAGCCCUAUGAGCAUUGCUUCGCUUUCCUUGUCACCGCGUAGAAACGCGCCUCUUGAGGGAAGCAAGUUGAGACAGCCUGCUUUCAAGGGACCCAACAUGUUUGACCGCGCAACUCGUGAGAGCAACCUUGCCCUUUUCCCCGAGGAUGCCGACGACGACGAUGCUUUCGGCUCAGAUGGCGGUUCUCCCAUCAGAUCCAGACCUAACAGCAGAGAGAAUGACCCCUUCAAGGUUCUUGCUCAGCCUUCGAGACCUGCAGUGUCAAGACAGAAGACGAUGCCAACACAGCUCCAGUCGCGCUUAAAGUCGGUGCCUAACCUCGCGCCCAGCACGCGACGAGCCGCAGCAUCGCCCAGCCGCUCUCCCAUGAACAAGGGUUUGCCAAUCAGCCCGAGCAGAAGAGCACCUGCCAUACCAUCCCAGCCUUCUAAGACCGCGCUGGCAACAAAGAAGGGCGCCAAGAGUGAAGACAUGAUCAAGACUGUCCACCGCAACAACCUUCAACAAGGCAUUCAGGGCCGCACCCUGGUAGAGCUCGCACAGGCCAGAGGUAUCCCCAGCCCGUCCUCUAGCAUUGAAGUGCCCAAGGUCUCCUCAAAAGCCACUCUGGACAGAGAGCCUCUGUGGGACCCUGAACGUGAUGAGAUGCCCUCGCCUUUCCUGAUCAAGACUCGCAGAGUCGGAAUCAUGCCUCGAUAAACGGGCACACCAGCAGAAAUACCUUCUCGUAUUGUUUCGAAAUUGUGGAUGAAGAAAAAACAGCGAUACCAAUUGUUUCAUUUGUCCGUUCAAAGGGGGUCUGGAACCAGGAUUUGGCGGCAUAAUACGGGCAUUGAUGGAGUUACGAACACCUCCGGGAUCUUUUGUCCGCUUGUUUCUUGCUUUGGAGUUUUGUUCUCAUGAUGGAGUAUCUGGUUGAUUUUUCUCUUGGCAAGGGUUGGAAGAGGCGGACACGACCUCUUUUUCUUGUUUCUUGUUUUUUUUUAUUCU